ACUUCCCGGUCUAUCAACUUCUCUGUUUGGUAUAUGCCAUACGCCCUGUAAAGAUAAGCGAUAUAUUUACAUUGAGAUAAAAAAGUUGAAUAAACCAUGAUUAUUUGAUCAUAAUAGUAUUCGAAUAUAAAAUUAAAUUUAUUAAUCCAAAAAAUAAAUAGAAAAAAAAAUGAAGAUACAUAUGUUUUAUUGUAAGCUUUUAGCUACAAUCUCAUUAUGUGUGAUAUUAUAUAAUAUCAGGUUUAUCAAUGCAUUGGAAAAAAUUAUAAUAGAUACAGAUGCUGGGGCAGAUGAUGCAGUAGCUAUAUUUUUAAUUCUUAAGUCUACAAAUAAUAUUUUAGCAAUUACUUGCUCUUAUGGAAAUACAUAUGUGGAAAAUGUAGUUAUUAAUGUACUUAAAAUCUUAACCAUUGCCAAUAGAAGUGACAUACCGGUAUAUAAAGGAGCACAAAAGGCAUUAAUAAAUGAAUAUAAACAUGAUGAUAGUUUUUUUGGUUCUGAUGGUCUUGGAGAUUUUAAUUUUACCGAAAAUAUAAUUGCUAAAGUAGAUGAAAGUAAACAUGCAGCUGUAGCUCUCAUAGACAUAGUAAAACAAUAUCCAAAUCAAAUAACUUUAUUAAGUAUUGGUCCAUUAACAAAUAUUGCCACAGCAAUUGCAUUGGAACCUUUAUUUUUAAAGUAUUUAAAAAAUCAUAUUAUAUUAGGUUCCAGUAUUUCUGGAAUUGGUAAUAUUCUACCUAAUGUUGAAUUUAAUUUUUAUCAAGAUCCAGAAAGUAAUUAUAUGGUUUUGAAUAAAACCACUAACACAACUAUUUUAUUUCCAUGGGAGACAGCAAUUCAAAGUUAUAUAUCUAUGGAUUGGCGUAAAAAUGUAUUGGGAAAGAUAAAUUCUACUAUUAUAAAUUUUUUAAAUAAAGCGGAACGAAUAAAUUUGUCGAACUCUAAUUCGUGGUAUGCUUCUGAUGCAAUGGCUGCUGCAACUAUGUUAUGGCCACAACUUAUAAUAAAAUCCAUAGAAACCAAUGUACAACCUGUAAUUGACGGACUCGCAAGAGGUUCAAUACUUGUGGAUUAUACUAAUUUAACUAAGAAAUCAAAAAAUGCAAGAAUUAUACAAUCAUUUGAUACAGCUACUUUCCAACAAUUCUUAUUGGAAAAAUUUUCUUAAAUUUAUCAAAAUUUAUUUUAUCUAUUUUGCAAAUAUAUAUGUAAUUAAAUAUAAUAUAAAAUACUUACAUUGAAAAAA